GCGGGCCCUGCUGUGUGGACGCUGACAUGGCGGCCUCGUGUCUGCUGAGGAGGUUCUGCUCCGCGGCGGCCGCGGCUCGGAGUAAAGACACCCGGUGGGAGAGACUGAAGAACUGCCGGGUCGGCACUUGGUGCCGCAGCCUGUUGGGCGAUUAUAAGGAGGCGUGCCGCGAGGUGUUCGUCGGCGCGCGGGAGCGUCCGGUUAAAGCUACAGUUUACGUGGCCCUUGUGGGAGGAAUUUACGUCUGUUACCGAACAAACCCCAGCGACACGUCGUUCCAGACUGACCUACUAGAGACGUCCAAUAAGCUGGCGCUUCUGUCUCCUUGGAUACGGAGCGGGACGUCAGAUGGGCAUGUGCAGAAUCUGGUGAAGCUGCGUAAUGAAGGCCGGCUACGUCACCUCAGUCUGGGCUUGGUUUCACUGACUUACGUGGUGGACUUUGACCACGAGUGCAGCCUGUAUGAGGCGCAGUGCUCUGCCCUCUCCGUGCCCUGGGCGGAGCUGCCCAAACGCGUGCUGGACGUGGGCUUCGCCGGCCGUUGGUGGGCGCUGGACCACAAGAUGAAGGACUACGAUAUCAACGAGGAAGAGUUUAAGCACCUCCCUCCAGCUUUAGUGGCCACAGCUCCCCCUUCAGCACAGGAGAUGGAGAGGAACGAGAGGCUGCACAAGGAGUCGUGGAAGCCGCUGGUGGUGGAGGUGGAGGAGGAGACAACGGUUGCUAUGCACAGCGUACAGAAAGAGGGAGAGAUUACAGCGGAAAGAAAAGAGAGAAAUGCCUAAGAGAAGACAUGAGCACAAGGUUUGAUGUGGUAUGAUAAAGGACAUGAGCUGACACUGGACUGGAGGCAUGUCACAUAUGAUCAGAUUAAUCUGUGUGCUUCAGCCUGAAAGGAAAAGCGCAUCCCUGGACAUCGACUGCCAUGUAUUUUUAGAUAUUAACACAAUAUAUAUCCAUGAUAUGUGGUGAAAUAUGAAAUAGCAUAAAAUGACAUUUGUUUUGAAUCAUUGUGGUCUUGGAUAAAUUGUGAAGCUGAACUGAA